AUGUCGACGGCAUUGCGUUCUUCAUAUUCUAUGCAAAGUAUGGAAAGCCUUUAUACAAACAGCUCCAAGUUUUCGGCGCUUCAUCGACGCAAGGCUGCUAGGCAACCGGCCAUCGUGAUUACGUCCAACAGCGAUGUGCGGCACCGGGUAAUGUCGGCGCGAAUGUUGCGUCUGAAGCAAAUGCAGAACCAGCUUGAAGCGGCCAAUAUGGUCAUUGCGGAACUGACCAAAGAUAAUCGUUUGCUGAAAUCGGUACAGAAACGGCAGGAUUCUGCACUCUCCAAGUACGUCAACUCGAACGCGGAGCUUCCAAAGUUGCUCAAUUCGCACGCGGAAGAGAUCCGUACCUGGCAGACGAAGUAUCGCAACCUGCAGAACCAAAACAGGGAACUGAACGGAAAGCUGAAGGCAAAGGAUGCGCAUAUAUUAACGAUUACCGAUCAGAACAAGCACCUAGUGCAGCUGAACAAAGAUAAACAUUUGGAAGAACGCGAAAGACUGGCCGACAGGGUACGGUACCUGGAAAACAGGCUCAUGGAGAAAGAUAACGAUGCCAAACUACUCGCUAGGAGACUGCAGCUGGAGACGAAAAACUUCAAAGCGCAAAUGCAGCAGGAAGUGCUGAAGCAACGCGAAAUGGCACAAAAGCUUGAACGGUCUCAUCAUGAAAUCACUCGCUUGAACUCGGUCAUUGAGAUAUACGAGAAACGCACCCCCUCAACAUUGCUGAAGAAUAGCAGCUUCCUGAUGAAGACGACGCCCAAACCUUCUUCGGGACAACAGCAGCAGCAGCAGCACCAGAACCAAAUGGUUCGGUAUGUAAACGGUACCGCCCAUAAGUCACCUUUUCCGAACUUUUCCGAACCUUCGCCCGUUACGAAUCUGAACAUGAGUCCAAAGAUCAACCCAGUGCACGAUGGUGAAGGGGAUACUAAAUCUCCCGUUCCUAGCCCAAGAACGCUGCAACCUCUUUCCCCUCACGAGGAUACACCUCCUGUUCCGCAGAACUCGUCCAAGCCCCGGAAGAAACACGGCUCGAAGAAGCAGAAAGCGGACAACCAAUCGGAUGAGGCCAGCACCAACGAAAAGACGGAUGCUCAUCAGUACGAUGAGGGCAUGUGUUCCGAGUUCAACCAGUACGCGUUGGAGCAGGAGGCCGAGUUUGAUAAGGCAAUCGCUUCGGAACUGUUUCGUCUGCAGACGGAAAUGGGUUCCGGCACGUCGAAACUAUCAAAAAGCCAAACUGGCAACCGUUACAGUGCAACGACGGAAACGUCCUACGAGGACGAUUACGAAACGGACCAAUCGCCAGAAAAGACCGUAGAUCACUUGAGCGAAAUAUUUGAACAUAAAGCGCACAUCAGUCAAAUCGAGGAGCAGUUCCGGGAGGUAAGCUCGUCGGCUACUACCAAUGGGUAUUCUACGGCUAAGGACAGCGUAAAGGUGCGCAGCAUGAAGAAGCGAGUGGUCAACUCCUCCGAGACGAAUGAUUCGGACUCGAUCGAAAGCCGGGAGCAGUCGUGUCGUUCAUCGGCAGCGAAGGAUCUGGAAGCAAUGAAGCAGGAAAUGCAUCAAAGCAUACUCAAAAAGGAGGCACUGCUGGACACGUUUUGUGACGAGUUCAAUGGGAAGGAACCGGUGAGAGCACCGCCACAGUUGAACCGACCGAAGCUGGACAACACGAAGCGUACGCAGAUAGAUCCUAAAAAGAAGCAAAACUUGCUGGAAGUGCUGAAGGCAAUCGAUGGUGAUAGUUUCGAAAAAUGA